AUGGCUUCAAUCCCGAGAACACAUGGCCCGCCCGAACUCGUCCAACGCAGCAACAUCACCAGCCCCACCGGCACCAACGAUCCCGGCUGCCAUGCGACCGCCGUCCAGCUCCUCCGUACUAAUGUCGCCUUCGUCCCCCACGUCGCCGUCUGGUUCGCCGGCAUUCGCCACACCAUAACUCUGCCCCUAACCUCCGCCAUAUCCUCGCGCGACGUUCACCAGCCCUACUACGACCGCUACAACAAUGAGAGGCUCGUCAAGGUCUUCGGCGGAAGCCCCUUUGUCAAGAAGAUUGCC